UAUAUAAAAUGCUUCAAGUACCUGUACAUGUCAGUGACAUGUACAUGAAGGUAUGGCCAAAUUUCGAGAAAAACAUAGUAGUUUGAUCAGUUAAUAUGUUACCGGUAUGAGGAUGCGUAUAAAACGUAUGCUCAUAUGUACAUUAACGUUGUAUUUGGCAGGUGUGUACUAUUUUUUCAUCCUUAGUGGUGAUCGAUCCAAGCUAAGUGUAGGUCCAGGUAACGAAGCAGGUGAUGACCUAGAUACUGAAAUGCGACAUGUGGCUGCUGACGGUAACAUUGUUUACAUGAAACGAAAGGAAUUCACAGGAGAAUCAGCGACACAACCUCGCCGCACUGCCUAUGAAUUAUGUCCACAGCUUUUGCCCCCUCCGUUUAAUACAGCAGAUCGUCAAGUUUUCUUGCCGGUGGGUGGACAGGGGUUAUUCUACACUUUCUCAGCCUUUGUUGACGAUCGCUUAGGAAAGAAUGGCGUACUAAUAAUUUUGUCGAUAGGGGAUUCCAGAGGCAAAAUGAUGAAGUUCCCACGUUAUUGCCAAGUUUGGUACCGUGAUGAGAAUGAGGAAGCACCUGUAGCUGCGACGGCCACGCUGAAUGUAUUACCUGGUGGACCGGAGAUAUUACCUGAGGACAAGGGGCUAAGUUUUGUCAUGUAUUUCACACAGGUACACAGGCUAUACUUUCAACUGCCCCCUGCCGUCACAGAAGAGACCGUAUGCCGUGUCACUUGCAUACAAUAAGUGUGACGUGCCUGCUGGCGGCGUUCUGAAGGUCCUGAAUACCAAAUCAUGGCAGAAUACAGUAAAACCACGCUUUGGGUUUGCAGUUUGUGUGACACCGCUACAUCUGCAUUAUGAUAACUUAAACCAGUUUAUAGAAAUGGUGGAAAUGAACCGCCAGUUGGGCGCGGAACAUUUUACCUUUUACAAUUACAGCAUUGGUCCACGAGUGACCAAAGCGCUUAAACAUUACAUCAAAGAAGGUGUUGUGGAUCUUAUUCAGUGGCCGGUACCUGUCAAGGUAAAUGUGUGGCCGCCCAUCGAAGGAUAUAAAGAAGAGCUUUAUUACUUUGGGCAAAUACCUGCUCUUAAUGAUUGUCUACAUAGGUAUUUGCACAAAGCAAACGUAACAGUGAUGACUGAUAUGGACGAAUUUAUUGUACCACGUGUUGAUCGAACUUGGAGGGACCUAUUUGAAAGGCUGGGAGCAAUGGACGAGAAAGUGAGAGCAUAUGUGUUCAAAAACACAUUUUUCAGGACAGAAUGGCCGAACGAUGAAAGUCUUUUAAAAAAUGAAUCAGUCAAUGAGUUUAACCUGUUAACACAGUUAAAAACGAAGAGGGAAAAUUACGUCAGCAGGCCACACACACGUUCGAAAUAUUUCGCUAUCACAGAACGCGUUCGCAUCGUCGGCAUUCACUUUGUGUGGAAGGGUUUUCCUGGCUACCCAGAACGCAUUGUGCCGGAGGAGGUUGGAUUGUUACAUCAUUACAGAAAUUGGGAGGAUCCGACAGACAAAAACUGGAUCGUGGAUAGAACUAUGCAUAAAUAUAGUGAUAAAUUAUUACUCAGAUUGAAUAAUAUUCAUCGGUUAUUAAAACAGCUGUGACAAUGAAUUUUUCUAUGUGUUAUUGUAGGCUGUAUCUUAUCCUGAACACAUGUUUUGAAACACAGUUCUUUAUCCUUACAUAUGAACCACAUUGAUAUUUACGCAAAUAAUUUUUACAUUUUACAUUCUUCUGGUAUUCUCAAAUAUAGUAUACAGAACAACUGUCUCAUAUAAAAGAAUAUCGAUUAGUUGGUUCUUUAUUGCGCUGUUAGCAUCUUUAAAACUCACGCACGAAAAAAUACAAGAAAUAGAUAUGACCGAUCAUUCGGCUUACUGCAUGUGAAGAAAUAGUUGAAAACUUAAAAACGCAUCCACUUCCGGAUAGAGAGCGAUAGAGUUGUAGACUUGCACUGAAAUGUUGUUUGGGACCGAAGUAAAACUUUUUUUUUGAUGCGCCUGAAUUGCGUGGGAAUUUUUGGCUUGGAAUUCUCCAUAGAUACGGAUUUAGAAUGCAUGCAUUUUUCCUGCAUGACCAGUGCCGGUUUUCUUUGUAUAAAACACUGCAUUCCAAUGAAUUUCAAGGUCAUUUUUUUAUUAUCAUCUUU